AUGGUGGAGGAGGAGCUUGAGGCGCUGAGGAAGCACAGGCUGGCCGAGCUGCAGGCGAAGCACGGAGACCCUGGUGAUGUAGUACAACAGGAAGCAAAGCAAAGGGAAGCAGAAAUGAGAAACAGUAUCUUAGCCCAAGUUCUGGAUCAGUCAGCCCGGGCCCGAUUAAGUAACUUAGCACUUGUAAAGCCUGAGAAAACUAAAGCAGUAGAGAAUUACCUUAUACAGAUGGCACAGUAUGGACAACUAAGUGGGAAGGUAUCAGAACAAGGUUUAAUAGAAAUCCUCGAAAAAGUAAGCCAACAAACAGAAAACAACAGUUAAAUUCAACAGAAGAAA